AUGCCUAAAAAGAAGGGAAAGAAGGGCAAAGGCGCAGGGGAUGACCCCAGCCUGCGCCCGCAAAUCCUGAGGGACAAGCUGAAGAAGGAGGAUGCAUACACAGCGGGGAACGCUGUGAAGCUGAAGGACACAUAUCGGCUCGGCCUGCGCGGCAACCGCUGCGAUCAGCUCAAGGAGGACAUAGUGGCCCUCCGGCGUACGUUCGAGCGACGGGACCAGGACCUUAACCGCGCCGUGGAGAGGUUCGCGUGUGGCGUGCAGGAAGGUGAGCGUUUCUCGGCGCAGGUCUGGCGCGUGCACCGCGAACACGUCGAGCGCCUGCGUGCCAUGCAGGAGAAGCGGCUUAACUUCCUGCAGCAGCAGUGGGACAUGGGUCAGGACGCUUCGGGCCACAGGCUGGAGUUGCUGAGCGAAAGAAUGGCCACCUACUUUCUGCAGUCGCGCGUGGGUUUCGAGGACACCGUGGUCCACCUGGAGCGUCACCACCAGCAGGCCUUGGCGACCAUCCACAUGCUGUACAGCGAGCCCAUGGAGGCCCACUCGGUGUACGAGAAGAGGAAAGCUUUCGAGGUGGAAGAGUGCUUCUUGGACCAGAACGUGCAGGUCCUCAAGAACCAGAAGGCCGAGGAACGCUACCUCCAUGAGAUGGAGAACGUGGAGCGCAUGGAGGCCAAGAAACAAGUCUCGGUGACCACGUCCAAGAAGGGCGUGGCGCUCUACAACACCAUCAUCGAAGUGCAGUCCCGACUGGAGGCCACCGAGAAGACCAACUCCACCAUGACGGCCAAGCUGACGGCGGCCCGCAACGACGCCAAGGCCAAGAUCCACAUGCUCCUCAGCCAGAUGGCUCGCGACCGCGUUCCCGUCCAGAUGAUGAUCAACGAGGUGAGCGUGCACAGCAAUGCCGCCGCCAACAGCCUGCGGUUGAUCAUCGCCAAGGGCGCCUGGCUCCUGAAGGUGGCCGAGAUGUGUCGCCACUUAGAGGCUCAACAGAAGGGGGAGCAGGUGGCCGCCAAAGAAGUGGCGGCAGAAUUCAGUACGCGGCUGGUGGCGCCUUCACACAUGUUCGAGUUCCCCGAGCUGAUGAAGCGCUACAAUGGAGCCCGGCUCCACCAGGACGACCUGAAGCGCCGCAGCAAGAACCUGCAGCGGGAGAACCAACAGCUGCAGCUGCUCACGCGGCAACGCCUCGAAGCCAAGACCCUAAACCCGGACACCCACAACGGACCCUACAACCCCCUGCUGGUCAAGAUGGCCCCCGUCAUGGAGAAGGGCGCCGUCAAGCAAGUGCGCUGCGUCAUCGAGGGAGUACAAGCCAUCAGAAUACUCUCCAUCAAUGAGUGA